UUAUAAACAAUAAAACGCGAUAGACAUUAACCUGGACCAUGUGAUUGUGAUAAAAAGUGGUGCCUAUUAUUAUACCUAUGUUCACUUAUGCUCAGAAAGACUUCUGAAAUGACUAUCCAAAACCUGGACAGACUGGACGCAAAAAAAGGAGAAACUAUGCAAAAUAUCAAUAAUAGUGACAAUAAUGUGACUAAUCAACAACCACUGACUAGUAAAAACGGACAUAUUAGUUUUAGUGUAGCUUCACUCUUAGCUGAUACUAGGCCCGUUAAAUCGUCUUCGCCGGUUUCUCAAAGUUCCUCCACAUUACCGCCAUCAAGCCCCACGAAUCCUUCUUCAGAUGACGAAUACGACUCAAAUCCUGAAGAAGAGGACGAUUCGAUAGUUGACGUUGAAGACUUAAACCAAGACCAAAAAUCUUCUCGCCGUAGUCCCGCGAAGGAAGAUGAAGUUGAAACAGACCGAUCAUCCAGAGAUUUUUCAAAAGAAAGUCUUUUGAACCAUGGACCUAUUCGGCCAACGCCGUUCUCGGCACUGGCGGCUGUUUAUCAGGCGGCCCACCAAAAUUGGCCCCAUCAGGGAAUUAUGAACCCUUUUGGGGGUCCGUCGCCGGUCUUCCAGGGGUCAACACCGUUUGGUAUGGGAGGGAUGAAUUCUGUUGACUCCAACGGCGAACCACCAAAACUCAAGUGCAAUUUACGUAAACACAAGCCCAACAGGAAACCGAGAACUCCUUUCACUACGCAACAACUUUUAGCCUUAGAGAAAAAGUUUAGAGAUAAACAAUAUCUUAGUAUAGCGGAACGAGCGGAAUUUUCUAGUUCUUUGCGUUUAACAGAGACACAGGUUAAAAUCUGGUUCCAAAACCGGCGCGCCAAAGCUAAACGCCUCCAAGAAGCCGAACUGGAAAAACUGAAAAUGGCAUCGUUGUCGAGGCACCCUCACGCGCUCUAUCCCCAUCCCGCGCUUCAGGGCUACUUCGCUCCGGGGGCGCAUCCAUUGGCGUCGCUAUUGGGCGGACGACCCCCCAUGUCGCAUUUGGGGCUUUUGCAUCAACCUCCGCCGCCUCCAUCUCCGCACCUGGCUUCGCCUCCUGGACGGAUGCGGUCUCCCAGUCCGCAUUUGUCUUAGGUCCAUAGAAAAUUUGUAAGAUUUUUAUUUCUGCUCUUAAGCCAUUGUUGAAUGUUACAUGCAGAAGAUAAGUUUCUUUUUUUUUUUAAUUCUGGCUCUCUGUUUUCGGUUUUAAUGUUGCCCUUCUAAUACCGAGUUUUAUGGAACUUAUAUUGUGUACCUAUAAGUUUCACAUUGCAGUACAUUUUUAGGCUCCCCGAUAAAUAGCAAUAGAAACA